AUUGAAUCUAAAUAAAAGUUUGUAAUCAAUGUUCAGAUAAUAGUAAUAGUGAUUAGUAUUGGAUUUGAUUGUCAUUUAUAGCGAUUGUAAUCAAUAUAUGAGUGAUUGAGUGUUUGGCCAAUACUUGCCAUUCAGUGAUAGACUGGUAGUGAAGGCAGUGAUAGACUGAUAGGUGUGUGAAGUGUGGACUCACUAGAGAUGACACUUCAUAUUGUGAUUCCACGUCGACUGCGAGUCCUGGGCUGCCGUCGGCUCUCCACUCCUGUGGUGGCCGUCAUUGCGCUGAUUGCCCUCAUUUUGGUGGUCAUCACUCUCUUCCCCAAACCAGACAUCGAGACAAUGCCAGUGCAGUCCGAGGCCCACAAUGGGCGCCAUUCCCGCACCAAUGAUGGCCAACAAGUGGUCAGACCCGAGAUGGCCAACAAUGACCACAUGUCGAAAGUGCCUCUAUUUAGGGACCAAGUGUUGGGUAACUUUGAGUUGAAUGUUGUGGUGGGCGGAGACGCGGCUCAGUCCCGACCCGGAGAUGACGGACACAAAUACCUGUUGGAAGGCGAAGGCAUUGACUGGAAUGAAGUGAACGCCAAGAAGAAUGAAUAUGGUAUGAAUAUUGUGGCCUCAGAUCACAUUGCAAUGGAUCGGUCGGUGCCAGACAUUAGGCACGAAGAGUGUAAGUACUGGCACUAUCCCACACAACUGCCCACUGCUUCAGUGGUGAUAGUGUUUCACAACGAGGGCUUCACCACUCUAUUGAGAACCGUUCACUCCGUUCUCUUGCGGUCACCAAAAAGGUUUCUCAGAGAAGUACUUCUUGUGGACGACUUCAGUGAUAAAGAGCCGCUCAAAGGACAACUCGAUGACUAUCUGAUGGAGCAUUUCGGGCCAUUCGACCACAAUUGGUCUCAAAGCAAAGUGAAAGACAAUGACUUUAGUGGUGAGACGUUGAGUGAUAGGACAGGAAAAGUGAGAUUAAUUCGCAACAAAGAGAGGUCGGGACUCAUUAGGAGUCGUGCAAAAGGUGCCGAACAAGCGGUGGGAGAUGUAAUUGUCUUUUUGGACGCUCACUGCGAAGUGAACCAGAAUUGGUUGGUUCCACUUCUGGCACCAAUAGCUCUGGACAGCCGCACAAUGACUGUUCCCAUCAUUGAUGGCAUUGAUUCCAAUCAUUUCGAGUACAGACCUGUCUAUUCUCGAAACGAUCAACACUUUCGGGGCAUUUGGGAGUGGGGGAUGUUAUACAAAGAGAUUGAAUUAGAUAUGAAGAAUCACAGUCGACAUCAUAGAGUGUCUGAACCGUACGACUCUCCGACACAUGCGGGCGGUCUGUUUGCCAUAUCGCGUAAGUUCUUCCUGGAGUUAGGGGGCUAUGACUCGGGUCUGUUGGUGUGGGGCGGAGAGAACUUUGAGCUGUCCUUCAAAGUAUGGCAAUGCGGCGGUCGCUUGCAAUGGGUUCCCUGUUCUCGAGUCGGCCAUAUCUACAGGCCAUUCAUGCCCUAUACCUUUGGCUCAAUGGCUAAUCAACGUAAGGGACCAUUAGUUUUGACUAAUUAUAAGAGAGUUAUCGAAGUUUGGUUCGACGAUCUCUACAAACAGUAUUUCUACGCUCGAGAACCUAUGGCUCAGUUCUAUGACACCGGAGACAUCUCACAACAAAUGGAACUCAAAGAACGCCUAAAGUGUAAGUCAUUUGAUUGGUUUGUUAAAACUCAUGCGUCAGAUGUGUUCCGAAACUUCCCGCGACUUCCGGAGAACGUCAAGUGGGGAGAAGUGCGACACUUGCAGUCAGACACGUGUCUGGACUCCGGAGGAUCACAACCGCCGUCCACUCUGUCGCUGUCUCACUGUCACGGACACGGAGGCAAUCAGUUGUUCCGAUUGAACCAAAGGGGACAGUUAGGUCUCGGCGAGCGCUGUGUCGACGCCAAUAGGGAUAAAAUGACUCUCGUUUACUGCAAACUGGGAACAGUAGACGGACCCUGGAGUUACGAUCAGAAAUCACAACAACUGAAAUACAAGAGAAAGAGUUUGUGUCUAACAUUUGAAGCCGAUGUGGGAAAGGUUCACCUCUCGGAGUGCCGCUCUGGUGACCAAUCGCAACAGUGGAAAUGGAAACAACUUAAACCUAAAUUAUAACCAUUUCUUGUUUUUUAUUAUCAUAUUACGUAUCUCUUAUAUCAUACAAACAAAACACCGGUUUUCUAUUUUUAUCACUAAUAAUAAAGAUAUUUAUUUAACAA